AUAUAAUCCCUGUUAAGCAGCACCAAGGAGGCACAGUGGACAAAUAGCCUUACAAGGCCAGACUAAAACAAGGGAAAGCGACCGCGCAGAUGACCACUACUAUGACUGCCAUGGCUAGGCCCCAAUAUACCCAUGUCGAGCUGUUGACGCUCAACGGACCGGAAUACCGCAGGGUAUCAACUGCCCCUCCCCGCCCCCCGAGCGACGAUGAGAUUCCUGUUAUCGACCUUGUUGGUAUUGAUGGCGAUCUGGAUUCACGCACUGUAAUCGCUGGAAAGAUCCGUGCUGCUGCCCAGAAUACGGGUUUCUUCUACAUUAAGAAUCACGGGAUUUCAGAGGACCUGAUCGCCAGCGCUCUCACGCAAGCCAAAGCCUUUUUCCAUCAGCCAGAGGAGGAGAAAGAAAAGGUAUCCAACUUCAAGCUGCUGCAUAUGGAUGGAUACCACGCGGUCGGAACUACGCAGCUGAACAAAUCUGAAACAAAGGAUCGGAAAGAGACCUUUUCCCUUCGGUACAAUGCCCGCAAUGACCCGUCUACAGGACCAGACACCCCGGAAGAUCGUAUCUGGGAUGACUCGCCCCUCUGGGCUGGGACCGCGCAUCUCCCAACCUUUCGCGAAAUCACCAUUUCUUUCUGGCAAGCACGAUUGGCCUUGGCAAGAAAAUUGGUGCGUAUUUUUGCUCUGGCCUUGGACCUUUCCGAGGACUAUUUCGAUAGCGUCGUCACCCAUCCCGGCGCCGACGGCCUUUACAUCCACUACCCCGGUAUUCCGGAACCUGAACUCAAGGGAGACAGCAUAGACGUCGGCAUCGGCUCACAUACAGACAUCCAAUGCUUCACACUACUCUGGCAGGACAUGUCGGGAGGUCUGCAAGUUUUGUCAUCCUCUGACGAAUGGUUGGACGCUCGUCCCAUCCCGGGCACACUCGUCGUCAAUAUUGGAGAUUUCCUGCAGCGCCUAUCCAACAACCGGUUCAGAUCCACUGUGCACAGAGUAUAUAAUCGGAAGAGCGCUUCGCGCUAUUCGAUGCCGUUUUUCUUCGGGUUCAAUCCCGAGACGGUGUGCCAGGUUGUACCGUCCUGUGUCGAUGAGGAGCAUCCAGCUCUUUACGAGCCAAUCUCAUGUGGAAAGUGGCACCGCGAUCGACUGGCUCUUGCUCAAGGAAAGCUAGCUACUGCAUGAGAAUCGAGUGUUAGCACAUGUUUCUUUUUAUAGAUGGAGAAAAUCGGCUAUCUACUCCCUUCAGAUGUCAAACCCACUGUAGCUAUUGCGGUUCAUCUUGGGUGCCUCACUUUGCCUAUAGCUUCCCUGUAGUAGCUGGCACCAUUGCUGCCAUACAUUGAUUUUCCAGGGACAUUCUGAAGAAGGCAAGCCUAAUGACACGUUCGUUAAGGUCAGUACUGGCUACCAAAACAAUAUCAUACCUGUUGUAGCACU